AUGCAAGGCUUGCGAUUUUUUGAAAGCCACGAGCCUAAUUGUAUACGAGACACGCCCGCAAGCCCAAACGAUGGCGAGUAUCCAGAGGGAGGUACUAAAGCAUGGCUUGUUGUCUUAGGAGCUUGGUGCGCCAUGAUUCCCUCCAUGGGACUUUUGAACAGUCUGGGAACUCUACAAGCUUGGUUAAGCACCCAUCAAUUGAAGGCAUACUCGGAAUCAAGUAUCGGCUGGAUAUUUGGGUCCUACGCAUUUUUCCUAUUUUUAGGAGGCGCGCAGUUUGGUGCCAUUCUCGAUUCCCACGGACCGCUUUACGUGAUUCUUCCAGGCUCGGUUGGAUUAGUACUCUCAUUAAUCUUUUUAAGUUUCAGCCAAGAGUAUUAUCAAAUUUUCCUUUCCUUCAGUGUACUUGGAGGGAUAUCAGCCAGCACGCUUUUCACGCCGCCGGUUGCGGCUGUUGGUCACUGGUUCAACAUUCGACGCGGCUGGGCAACUGGCGUUGCUUGCACGGCUGGGGGCUUAGGAGGUGCAAUAUUCCCUCUAAUUAUUAUGUUUGUGGCCCCUCGAAUCGGCUUUGCCUGGUCCAUUCGCAUUAUUGCUCUGAUUUGUGCAGCUCUGUGCUCUGUUGCUUGUCUCACUGUCCGGACUCGGCUUCCUCAAAAGAAAGCUGCUACCUUCCUAGAUCUGAAAGCUCUUCUGGAUCUGAAGUAUGGGUCAGCAUCACUAGGUGUGUUUCUGGUCGAGUUUGCUGUUUUUGUACCAAUCACAUACAUCACUUCUUACGCCCUUGAUGCUGGGUUUAGUGAAGAGAUGUCAUAUGCAGUUCUUGUCUUCCUCAAUCUUGGUGCUGUGUUUGGGCGUUUCCUACCAGGUCUGGCGGCCGACCGAUUAGGCCGAUUCAACGUUAUGAGCGUGAAUUGUUUAAUGUGUUCUUUGUUUACAUUCAUUCUCUGGCUCUAUGGAGACUUGGUGGCCCCUGAUAACCUAGGAAUAGUGAUAAGCUAUGCCGUCCUAUUUGGCUUUUGGAGCGGAGCAGCUAUCAGCCUUGCUCCUGUUUGUAUUUCGCAGGUUUGUGAGAUUGAAGAUUAUGGGAAGAGAGUUGGAACUACUUGGACGCUUGUCAGCUUUGGUACUCUCAUUGCUAUUCCAAUCGCCGGGACAGUACAGCAACACAAUCAUGGAGAGUACUAUGGGCUUAUCAUCUUUGGAGGUGCUCUAUAUAUUUCGUCCUUCAUUGCAUUCGUUGUUUCCCGCGGCAUCUGCAGAGGAUGGUCUUUCGGAACGAAGUUUUAG